AAGGAGUAAGGGGCUCGAUCUGCUUAGUAAUCAAACGAGCAGAAUAAAAAUGUUACCAUUCAGGCUGACGAGAAAUAUCACGUGCACGAUUUUACUGUGAGCUGCUCUCACAAUUCUCACGAUUCUGACUCAUCGGAAAGAAAACACACCUCACCAAGAAAGCGUUUGAAUUCACAGAAGCAGGCAACACCGGAAACGGAGCACGCCGGGAGCAGCAAAACAGAGAGAAAAGAAGACACAACCAAAGGUUUUUCUUUCUGUUUGCGAAAAUGAUGUCUGCGCGCGAGGAGCGCAAGAUGCGGGAUAUGGUUGCCCGCAUCGAGCGUCUUGAGCAGCAGGACAAACAGCAUCAUGACGGAGUGCCAUCGCGGAGUUCAUCAUCGCCGGGUGUGACUGGUCGAAAACGAAAACGAUCUGCGCAAGCGAGUCCGUCGUCUACGAAGGGCAGCUACUCGGGUAGCGCUGCGGCUGUCAAGACAAGGAAAAAGAAAGAGCGGAGCGCGGAGUCGUCGAGGAAUAACAAUCACCACACACCUUCGAGCAGGGACUAUUCCUCAUCCUACUCAUCUGAAUACGACGAAGGAGCCGAGAGUGAGAUGUCUACAGACGAUGAUGUCGAUUGGUUACCGCCAAAACUGGUUCUUGUGCGCAAGUUCUUCCGGACAAAGGAGAAAGAGCGGGCAAGGAGUAUGAUGAUGUCGCCGAAUUCGGUCGCGAGCCAUGAAUCGACGGUAUCAAAGGGAGAGUUAAAUACGACGUCAGAUGCGGAGAUACCCAGUCGGAAGGGAAGUAAUUCGAGUGUCGGAGCGGCUGCGGUCAAACAUGGGAAAGAGGAUAAGACUGAGGAGAAGAAACUGAGCGAUAAAAUCAGUGCCUCUUCGUUACCGUCUACUUCGUCGAAGUCGCUAUCAGCAAAAUCGGUUUCUCCCAAGCCAAAACCAGGUGGUUUACCAAGCGAUACUAUCAAAGAGAAGGAGAAGGAAAAAGAGAAGAAGGAAGAGAAGGAGAAGAAGGAAGAAAGGGAAAAGGAGAAGCAAAAGGAGAAAGAGAAGGAGAAGGAGAAGGAGAAGGAGAAAGAAAAAGAGAAGGAGAAGAAGGAGGAGAAGGUUACAAAAACAAAUGGACCGGAUUUAGCAGACCUGUUCUCUGAUACGAUCGAAGAAUCAGUUGCACCACAGUCAGCAUCAGAUACUCAAUCAGAACGGCCCGCAGCAGCAGCAGUGAACGCAAAACCAGAACCGACUCCUGCCGCUGCUACUGUCUCUGCAUCGAUCCCUUCGUCAGCUCCUUCAACUGCGCCUCCAACAUCUACUACUACUCCUGCUUCUGUCUCCGCUCCUGCUCCCACUCCCGUAUCCACCACUGCACCCGCUCCUACACCUGCUUCAGCGACACCAGCCCAUAUACAGGCAUCGACACCAGCACGGCCGAGUGCAUCACAACCGCUGCAGCCGCACGCGACCAAGCCAGAAACACCAGUCUCUCAACGACAUCAUCUGCCUGGUCAAGUGCCGCCCUCACAAGCUCCGUAUGGUACCCCCCAACGGCCUGCACAUAUUCCUCCGCAAGUGCAGCCAUCAGUACCUGUUACUCCUGCUCCAGCGAAUGGACCACAAGUGAAAGCUACACCGCUGCGCGUGCAGACUCCUUCGACUGUACAGCAAACACCCGCGAAUUUUGGGGCCCCUGGACAGGUCCAUUCACCGUUUGCCAGUAUGACGUCGCCGUCACCGACUACGCCGGGAAUUGCUUUGGCGUCGGCAGGUGGAACUACACCUGCACAACCUGCUGUGAGCGCUCCUGUUCAGACACCACAUCCCCCGCGACCGGUGAAGAAAUUGUCGUUUGCGGACUACAAGAAGAAGCAGCAACCAGCGGGUGGUGCGAAUAGCGCUAGCAAACCUCCAGCAGCAGCAACAACGACUGCGUCUGAAGGUAGCGGUAGCACAGAGGAGACUAAGAAAUGAAGAGAGAGAGUGUAGAGGUUUUGUACGAUAGGUUUUUUCACUCGAGAUUACCCCGGGUUUAUCUCUACUUUUGGAUUCUAUGAGAAUCGUGUAUUAUUAGAAAUUGUAUUCUUUAUUUUGUAUUGCCUGAUGCAGGUGGUUUUGGAGGUAGUAAGGAAAUUGCUUAUUGAAAGAAACAAAUCCUUGCUUCAGCAGUCUUAUAGUAGUAGACUAUUGCGCAUGUCAGCAUUUACUCAUGACUGACGGCAAAGGCCGCGAUCGAAGGAAGGGAUGGAGCCACAUAAUUUUUUGCUGGCUGGGCGGGCGUCGCCGCCGGGCACGCGAUGAUUAGAGUUCAGCAUUUGUGACUGUGAGUUAGUCUGUGACUGAGUAGUGUGAUUAAUACCCGAUGCGGCAGGCGGCUGGAUAUUGCCGAAACGGGAGUGUAGAUGCUCGUCGUCCGGGGCCGAACCUUCUCUGCCCGAGGAGGCUUG